AUGUUUGUUCGUCACCCGUUCGAGAGACUGGCGUCAGCUUACAGAGGUAAAAAGAAAAAAAAGUGGUUCCGAUUAAUCUAUCCUGAGAACGAAGAAUUGUGGGAAAAGAUCAAAUUCUCAGCCUCUAUAAGGCGCGAGCUUCUAACUAGAAACAAAACGACUCUUCAAACUAACCAGCACUGGCGUUCAUAUGAGCAGAUUUGCCCAUGUGAAGUGAAAUUCGACUUCAUCGGACACUUUAAAAACUUGUUCGAGGAAGCAGGACGGCUUCUGAACAUAAUUGGUGUUGAUGACUACGUAAAGUUUCCCGAAUAUCGUCCGUCCAAGACACAACCGUACAUGCCGGAAUAUUACUCCGGGCAUACCACAAGCGAGAUAUCGCAGUUGUAUGAAAUCUUUGAGUUGGACUUUAAACUGUUUGGAUACGACAGGCUUCCUGGUCCUUUGGAAAAGUUAAUAAAAAGCACAACAGUGUCAGAGAAAAGUAACCAGGAAAACAGGAAGGAUAAAUAG